GUCCGCGUGUCCCUGCUAGUGGCUGCACCAAGGGUUAUUCAUUUCUGCUGCUUCUGUCGUGAGACUGUCUUUCCAAAUCCCGUGAUUAUCCUCCUUCUCCACCCAAUCCCCAUUCUUCGUUCUCGCGAUGGCAAUGGGAUCCUUGCUAUCCAAAAAACCCCUGGCUUCUGUGCUUCUGAAUGGCCCCAAAUCAAUGGGAUUAGGGUUAACCGCAGCUCAAUCUCAUCGCGGCUUGCAAACCUUCACUCUACCCGACCUCUCUUACGACUAUGGCGCACUUGAGCCUGCCAUCAGCGGCGAAAUCAUGCAGCUUCAUCACCAGAAGCACCAUCAGACUUACAUCACGAACUACAACAAAGCCCUCGAACAGCUUCAUGAUGCUAUGGAAAAGGGCGAUUCCUCUACCGUCGUUAAAUUGCAGAGUGCCAUCAAGUUCAACGGCGGAGGUCAUAUCAAUCAUUCUAUUUUCUGGAAAAAUCUGACUCCUAUUCGUGAAGGAGGUGGUGAACCUCCCAAAGGUUCCCUAGGAUGGGCCAUCGAUACUCACUUUGGUUCUUGGGAAGCAUUGAUACAUAAAAUGAAUGCAGAAGGAGCAGCCUUACAGGGGUCUGGAUGGGUGUGGCUUGGUCUAGACAAAGAGUUGAAGAGGCUUGUUGUUGAAACCACUGCAAAUCAGGAUCCACUGGUAACUAAGGGACCAAGUCUAGUUCCACUACUUGGUAUAGAUGUUUGGGAGCAUGCAUACUACUUACAGUACAAGAAUGUCAGGCCGGAUUAUUUGAAGAACAUAUGGAAAGUUAUGAAUUGGAAAUAUGCCAGUGAAGUGUACGAGAAAGAGAGUUCUUAAUGUAAAGCUCUGAUUGGAAAGUGCGUGAGAUUACAUCUCUGAAGAGCAUCAUCCUGAGAUGGAAUAAAACGUACCAGCAGAUGGUACACUCCCAUUGUCAUUCAGGUUGCUUCCCAAGUGAGAUGUUUGGUGUAUUAUUACUACUUCAGAACAAUGAGUAAUAUACCAGCUGUUUCUUGUAUCUCCUGCAAUGGAUGGAUUUUCUGACCUCCGGAUAUAAUUCUUCAUUUCUAGCCAUGUUUUUUAUAUAAGUGUUGCUAUGAGUCUAUUAAAAAGAAGGGGGGAAAAGCGUAGCUAUGAAAGCUGAUAUGGCGCGGUGUUGCAUGAUGGCCAAGUAGGAUAUAUGAUUGAGAUGACAAGUUUAUAAUUA